AUGGCGAUCACGCAAACCAGUCAGGCCCUCCCUCCAGGAACGGUUUAUCUAAAUGAGACCCAGCGCGGCGCAAGCUCAAUUUCCAAGCCCUCGACCGACCCAGACGACCCUUUGAACUGGGUGAGAUGGCGAAAACGUCUUAAUGUCAGUUUGAUGCUGUCCUUUGUUUUUACCACCGGAAUUGGCGGCACCGCCAUCUACUCAGUGCUCGAUCCCAUAUCCCAGGACACUGGAAUGACCAUCGGUCAACUUGUCACGGGAACCGGUUAUCUGUUCCUUCUCUCAGGCUGGGGAAAUUUGAUCUGGCAGCCGCUUGCCUUGACGUUUGGCCGACGGCCAACAAUAAUUUUCAGUCUCAUUGGCGCCAUAGCGGCCAGCGAGUGGACAGCAUGGCUCAGCGAGUUCCCUUCCUGGGUAGCUGCACGGUGUUUGUACGGCUUCGUGGUUGCUCCCAUGCUGGUAUUGCCCGAGAUAUGUAUCCCGGAUCUAUUCUCUGACAAAGAGAGAGGGACAUAUAUCGCAUGGUACAUGCUUGUUCUCUGUGGCAGCAAUUUCCUUGCCCCUUUGAUAGCGGGGUUUCUAAGCGAUGCCUAUGGUUGGCGUUGGGUGCAGCAUGGCUCUGCUAUUCUCCUGUCACUGGAUUUGUUAUUAGUCCUCUGUCUUUACGAAGAGACAAUGUAUUCCCACAAGUUGAUUGAGGCAGAUGACCUUGAAGAGAUGCCUCGGACGUUGUUCCAGACAUCAGCAGAGCCGAACGAAGCACAGAGCGAAACGCGACGGAGGGCACCAACAGCUCGUCAGUUCUGGAAGAACCUCCGACUAUUUUCCUACAGCGGACUCUCGCUUCAACAAGCUCUCACGAUCGCAUAUCGACCUGUUUUGAUCCUGUUCCGCUUCCCUAACAUCACCUGGGCAAGCUUCAUGUACGGUUCUGCACUAGCAUGGUUCAAUGUAUACAACGCCACGACAUCAUCAAUUCUUUCGGCACCGCCAUACAACUUCCCCGCUUCCACUGUCGGUUUGACAUACGUUGCACCUCUGAUCGGUACUGCUAUAGCCGGCGUCGUGUCUGGUCCCAUUGCUGAUUGGAGUGCCUUGAGGCUUGCCCGUCGCUUCAACAACCUGAGAGAGCCCGAGUACCGCCUUUGGGGGCUGGUCAUUUUCUGCUUGUUGAUGCCCACAGGUCUCCUCCUUUGGGGCCUUGGGGCAGCAUUCCACUUACACUGGGCGAUCUUACUUUUUGGUUCCAUUUUGUGUGGCUACUGUAAUGUUGCUGGUGGUAGCUAUGCUAUCGCAUAUGCUGUAGAUUGCUUCCGCGAGCUGGCUGGGGAAACCAUCGUCUCCAUGAUCCUCUGUCGGAAUACAAUGGCCUUUGCGUUCAACUACGCAAUCACGCCGUGGAUCAACGCCCAAGGUCUACAAAACACGUUCAUCGCAGUAUCUGUCCUGUCAUGUGCGAUUGGAUGCACUUUCCUUCUGAUGAUCUGGAAAGGCAAACAACUCAGAGCGGCAAGUGCAGAGAGAUACUGGCGUUACGUGGCGACACAAGCUAUUGAGCACGCUUGA